AACAAAGUGUACCGGAACUCCUGACAACUGUUUAUGUUCUAGACCGGUCGAUAUUUAACGUAGCACUCGUCCGUUGUGGCGAUCACGCCGUUUGUAGAAAGUACAGUAUGUCCAUAAUCCCGCAGAAACAUUGUUUGUCAACUGAGUGAAGAAUUGAUCCUUUGUUGAAUUGGCCUCAGACUGCAUCUAUCUUGAUAAAAUGGUAGGGAAGAUAAAGCGAACCCGACAGAAAUUGCAUCAGGGAGCAGUGAAGUUUGUUUCCGAUGGGGAAGCUGGAGGCACAUCAGUGUCACUGGGCCAGCGACCGGUGCCGACACCAGCCCAAGGAGGGGAAAAAGGAUCUUUAUUUCUGGAAUUAAGCAGAACAACAAGUGUGGGCAGCACCUCAGUCCAGAUACAGAAGCUCGAAGACGCCAAAGAGAAGGGUUCGGAUCCAUUUCCAUCCUCCAUCUUUGCCGGAACCAAAAUCAGCGCUGAGGUUCUCGUCCAGACACUAAAUUAUGAAGACCCGCCCGGCAGCGUUAUGUCCAUUCAGGCAGGAACGGAGAAGAAGCAGCAACAGAAGAAAAAAGAGAAGAUGAAAGACCGCAGAGAGAGGUGGCUCAACAAGAUCAACGCGAUCACGCGGGCGAGGGAGCAGCAGGUGGCGCAGGCCCGCAGGAAGGCCACGCCCGUAGUGGGGGACAUGCGUCCCCUGGCCGACGCCCUGCCAGAGCUGUCCCAGCUGGUCAGCAGCAGCAGAACGUCCACACACCGGAAGGCCAGGGUCCCUGUGAAGAAGAAGCCAGACCCCACAGAUUUCAGUUUGAUGAAACCAGCUCAGAAACGCAAGCUAAUGGAGACUGAGAUUGCCAGGUUUAGCGAAGCUGUGAAAAACCCCACUAGUAAGACCAACCCUCUGGCUGCCAUUGGUGAACACCUGAGGAAGAAGCUGAAACAGGAAGAGGAGCAGAGUUAACCCCUUCCCCCCCCCCUUGCCCAAGCUUCAUAGUCGUAGUGGAGCAGGACUCGAAGCUGCGUCUAGCCGGAGGGAUAGCCUCCGAACAAGGACUCCAAUGAGUACACGGGAACCGCAUGAGUAACUCUCUCUCUGCCUCAGACGCCAAUCAUUCACGGCUCAAGCUUUUAGCGUAACACCCCCAGGAUAAGGCCUGACAGAAGAGAGUAUGUAACGCCAACAUUCUCCUGUAAACUCUCUCAGCCCAUGAUGGCAACUGUGGCGGAAUAACGGCUGUUGAUUAAUAAACCCCGGACGUGUUAGCCGCAGUAUUGUGCUGUUUUCUAAGUGGUUUUUUUUUUUCAAGGACUUUGUCCUCUAAGAAGAAGGACCUAAAUAUUGAAUGAUGUUUUUGACAGAGAGAAAAUGUGUAUGUGAUCAUUCACUGUUUCAUUUCUUUCCCUCUAUUAAAGGAGAGAUAUUUUAAAAGUC